AUGUAAGAUAAUAAAAUUGAAACAGAUAGAGAUACUUCUCCAUUCUAAAAAUCUUGUUCGAGCUUAGACAGCUAAAACGAGAUGAAUACUAGCAGAACUAACUUUAAAGAGCCAUUAAGUAAUAGAAAUGAGUAAAAUGAGAAUGAAGUAAGCAUUAUGAAGAAAAGAUUGUCAGAAAAGUAGAAUAAUCGAUGUGGACCAUCUCACUUUCAAAGAUUCAGUCUAGGAUCAGUGGACUUAGCAAAUGUUGAAUUCAAAGAAACUAAGCUCUAAUAAUAUAAUGCUCAUAUGUAGGAAGUUUAAGAAUUAUUGAAUUAAGAAAGACUUUAUUUAAGUCAGCCUGCAGUGUAGCAAAUGGCUAUAAAAAUUUUCAAAAAGCAAUUGAAGUCAAAGUUAGAAGUCCAAUUCAUUUACAAGCUCAUGCAAAAUCUAGAAAUAUUUGAGCAAAACACUGAAAUUAUGAGCUCUGAAAUAGUGACAAGAGAUUUAGUAAAAUACUUCUAAAUUUCAUUCUAUAAGAAACACCACAAGCUAUUUGAUGUUGACUAGUAUGGAGACAAGUUUUACAUCAUCUUAUAAGGUUCAGUUUACUGUCUUGUUCCAGAUGCUGAAAAAAGCAAAGCUUAUUAAAAAUAAAUAAACAAUCAAGCUAAUGACUAAGAAAAUGGUAUUAAAACAAAAAAUUAAGCUAUUAUAAAAAUUGUAAAAUCCUAAACAGAGCGCUAGAGAAGAAAUUCAGGAACUAUAUCUGCAAUGAACUCUAUCAUUGAUUUGGAUUCCUCCCGAUUUGAUAAUAACGAUGAAUAAGAAUAAUAAUUUAUUGAAUAGAAUUAUCCUUAGUUCAAGCUAGCUAAAAUAAUGAAAUCUGGAGAAGCCUUUGGUGAGAUAGCUCUGCUGUCAGAAGAAAGCAAAAGGACAGCAACUGUUGUUUUUAAGGAAGAUAGUUGGGUACUUUCUUUGACAAAGUCUUCAUUUGAAUAAAUUAUGGGCAAUUACAAGACUAAUAUUAUACAAGAUAAUUUAGAAUUUUUAAAGACUUUUGAAUUCUUUAGUAGUAUUCCAAACUAAAGACUUUUAGGUCUGCUUCAUUCAAUGGCUAACCACUAAUAUAAUAAAAAGACAGUUAUUUAUACAGAAAAAGACCCAAGUUCUCAUAUUUUUUUCAUUAAAAACGGAUCUGUAGAAAUUAGCUAACAACAAAAUACAUUUGAAUAAGGACCUGCUACUUCUUCUACUACUAAUAUUAAUCAAAAAAUUAAAAUAAGAAGAAAAACUAAUUCCUAAAGUAUUCACAUAGCAGAAAACCUCAAGCAAGGAAGAAAUAAAAAUAGUAAUGGAAAUAAAAGUAAUAAUAGCACAAUGAUAAAAGCAAUAAAUACUGAAAGCUCAGAUUCAGAAAGCAGCAAUUCUCUAAACAACUCAAUCAAGGAAAGAGAGUAGCAAAUUAUUUACUUUAUUAAUAAAGAUAAAAGCAAGUCUCAAAAAAGAAUUGCAAUUGCUUCACUCGGAAAAGGAUCUUAUUUUGGUGAAGAUGAAAUACUUAUUCACAUUUCAUAAAAAAGAAAAUCUCAAGCAGUAUGCCAAUCAGGAAAAACUGAAAUCUUCUCAAUUGAAAAAAAGAAAUUAUUUGAUAUACUGAAGGAAUACGGAUAGAAAUAAAAGUUUAUAUAGGAUGCUCAAGUACGUAAUGAAAUGAGAAAUAGUAGAAUUAAUAAGAUGCUUGAUAAUGAGAGGGAUUAAAAACUUUAUAGUACAAGUGUAAAAUAUUACUAGAAAAACUAUGAGUAGAUGGAAUAAGAAAAGUUUAUUAAUCUUCCAGUUCACAAUAGAUAACAAGAACAAUCUCUUUAUUAUUCCUCUAAAAAUAUAUCAACUUAGGCUAUAAGCUCUUCUUAGUCAUCUAUCUAACAGAUUAAAUCAACACUUCAUAUUCCAAGUAGUACAAAUAUACCUCAAAAUUCUUCUAGUAAUAUCAAUGGAAGCUCUUAUUAGAACAAUGUUUCAAACAACUCUUCGAACUAGGUUUUUCAUCCUUAUCGUAGACCUUCGUUGACUUUUGUGCUAGAUGAAGUUGAGAAAAGCGAAGAAUUUUAAAAGAUAUAUCAAAAGAAAAAAAAAAUUAUGGAAACAAAGAAUAAUGUGAAACUCUUUACUAUGAAAAAUGAUCAAUACGUCUUUACCAUCAAUAAAAUAUUGAAAGAUGGAAAUUUUAAUUUAAGAAAUGGCUCUCUGCCUCAUUUUUAAGAGAAAUUCUAGUUUUAGCAUACUGAUCACACCAAAAAGAGUGGUAAGAUGAAUAAAUACAAUAUCCCAUUCAAUUCAGUUCUGAAGGAUAGCUAAAAGGAAAAUAAUAAUUCUAUAUUACCUUUAGGUUCUACUUCUCCUAAUAUUACUUCAAGAUAUCUCUCACCAAAUUCAAAUCAUUCCAAAAUGUCGUUUUUGUAGUAAAGCAACAAUAAAUCCACUUCUGUUCACAUGUCUCAACUUACUUCGCCAAAAAACAACAAAAACAAUUAUCUCUUUUUGUCUAAACAGAAGAUUGAUUCUUCUUAAAUUUUCAAUUCCCUUCUGAAAACCAAGUAGCAAAAAUUCGAAGAGCAAUUUGCAAAAAGCUCAAAUAAAAACGAAGCAGGAAACAAAAAUGCCUUUAAAGUAAUAAUUACACCAAGCCAGUAGAAAUAGCAGUAGUAAGAAUUGCAAUAACAACAACCAUAAGAAAACAAUAAGAUAAAUAUCUUCACAAAAAGUGUUUACAACAUUUCUUCAAGAUUAGUGCAACCUUUGCUUCCUUCUUCGAAUAAGCAUAUAAAUAUUUGA